AAACGCUUUCAGUGCAUGCUCGCCACAGAACCACCGCAGACGUGGUGCAGUCCCAGUCCGAGACCGUAAAGUUGUCGUUUCCCCCAAUAAAGUAGCCAGUGUAUAUUAGAGUUGGUGCCUCAACACGAAUCGGUAACGGAAACGGGUUACCAAGCGAUCAGGUAGCAGCAGCAGCCGUUGGUGUAUCAUUGUUGCAGUUGCCGACGUCGCCCACCGCGCAUCGCAAUAUUGACGUGACGUAAAUGAAUGAACCCGGCGAUAUACCAUUAACACUCAGUAGCACGCCGGACAACAGGCCGCCCUGCAGCAUUAUCUCCAUAAUACCAAACAUAGGGAUGUCAUCAUGCCGUGGUCGUGCCGAGGCAUUCGCGCGCAGUUUGUCCUCAAAGCUGCGCACCUUGGGAUCACAGACUAACGAGGAGGGGGCUGCCAAUGCAGAGGAUGAGCCGAUCAUAAAUGGCAGCAAUACCAACACCUGGGUUAAUGCACACGAAUCGGAACAGACUGUCACCGAUCUGCAGCCACUGCGCCAAGAGUCAGAUUCGUUUUUCGACUUUGACUGCGAGCUGGAAUCGCCAGGCAGCCCAGUGGAUGAGUGCGAGUACCUGCGUCUCAUAGAAACCGCCUCGAAUACACCACACAACUCAACGGCUGAGUCUGGCUAUGCGUGCGCCUCGGCGGCGAGCAGUCACAGCAGCACAGAUGGUCCCUACUUUGAUGCCGCUACCGGCAGCAGCAGCAGCAUAGGCACUGUGCCGCAGGAGCUGCUGGUCACCACCAAACAGCCGACACAGACAGAGCGCAGCAAAGUGCCCGGAACGGAGCUCAAUGAAUUUGUAAAUACAUUGCAAUUGAACGGAACACAUGAGCCAUUAACAAAUGGCGAUGAGCAGCAGCAGCAGCAGCAGCAGAAGGAGCAGGAGCAGGUGAAUAAAGAAUUGGAACAGCAGCAGGCGGAGCAGGCAAGAGAAGCGGAAGAUGAAACGCUGCUGCAGGCGCAAAUACUAAGCGAGCUGCAGCUGCACAGCGAAAGCAUCAAGAGUCCAGACAAUGGCUUUAGCGAGGAGCAAGUGGAUGAGCCAGCAUUGGUCAAUGGCUAUAUAGAAGCAUCAGAAGAGCAGAAGCUUGAUAAUGAAAACAUAGCACCAGCGGCCGAAGUCGUGGAGGAACAGAAAACGCCAGACAGCGGCACAGAUGAGGUGGACAAAUGCACGGAGAGCAGCAGUCUAACUGUGAACGUGGAGCUGGCACAACUGGAACAGGCUCAACAGGAUGUCGACGAGGCCAAGGAGAAAACGCGCCAGAGCCACGGCAUAGACACCACAGACGAUGAGGACGAUUGUCGGCCGCAGCGCGUGCGACGCUGCUCCUCACUGAAAACGGGCAAAACGCCGCCGGGCACGCCGGGCCGCAAGAAAAUCGUGCGCUUUGCUGAUGUGCUUGGCCUGGACUUGGCGGAUGUGAAAACUUUCCUGGACGAAAUACCAACUAUACCGAAGUCGGCGUUCGAGGAUUUGGAAAUACUCGACACAGAGCCGCCGCUGCAGCUGGGACCCAAGUCCGACAAGCUGUUGAUGCCGCUGUUCCAGCAGCCUGGCGGCCUGGCCACAUUCCUCGAUGCGGUGCGCGAGAAACAGGUGUCGCUGGAGAACGCCGCUGUCACCGACAGCAUCAAUCAGACAAUCGCCGGUUCGGUGCGUGUACGCAAUCUGGACUUCCACAAAUCUGUGCAUGUGCGCUACUCGCUGGACGGCUGGCGCAGCUUUGCAGAUCUGCAGGCCAACUACGUGGAGAACUCGUGCGACGGCUUCUCCGACAAGUUUACGUUUGUGCUCUUCGGCAAUUCGCUGCAUGUGGGCCAACGUUUGGAGUUUGCCGUACGCUUUCAGUGCAAGGGUCAACAGUUUUGGGAUAACAAUUAUGGCGCCAACUACUGCUUCCAGUGCUUGCCCAGCUCGAAUCACACGGCAUCGCCGGCGUCUGUGGCGAAUGGCGCCGUGCAGUCGCAUCAUGGCAGCAAUUUGGUCGGCCUGCUAAGCCCCACAGCGGGCGAUGCCUGGUGCAGUUCGUUCUACUAAACUAAACAUCUAGUUAGUAGCAGUUACGGGGGCACUCCGAGGAGGCAGUAGACGACGCGGACGCGGGUCGUUGCAGUCAAUGUCCAAGCAAGGCACAGCGCCGUCAAUGCCAUUGGACAUCAGCAAUUGGUGACGGUCUUGACGGCGUGUGCCAAGGACUUCUGUCACACCCAGAGAUCAGAGAUCAUAAACUAUAUAGAGCAAGGUGCAAUCCCCAAUCCUCCCCACACACACACAUACAGACACCCCUCACAUACUCUCACUAUCUCUCUAUCUCUAUCUCUCUCUCUCUAACUCUUCUAUGUACGUGUAUGUAAGGCAAAUGUUUAUAUUUUUAUAGAGUGAAAUUGAAGCAGAAGACGGAGAUGUUGGAGCAGAGGCAGCCGCUUCGAUUACCAAGUUAAAGUUAAAGAUUGGCCCGAACUAAAUAUAUGAAUAAACAGUGCCAGCAAAGCGCGAAUGAAUCCCAAUGAUAGUUAUUAGUCUUACGUUAUAAGAAGAGCAAGUGAUAACUAAUGAUGAUGAAUGAUGAAUGAUGAUGAUAAUGAUCAAUGAUGAACAGUUUUUAAUGUCUACUACAAUUUUCGUUUCUGUAAUUCUCCUUAUAUAAAUAUUAUAUUUAUGGUUUAUGGAUUGUUCAGCCAUGUGUAGGGAGGCGAAGCUACAGUAGCUCCUCGAUUCAGUUAACUCUGUUUACAACUGUAACUACAACCAAAUAAAAAACUUUUAUUUUCUAGUCAAUUCAAGUUUACCAUAAGACUUUCAACGGGCUACAACACACAUUAGCCAACUACUACUACAAGGCGGAGCAACAAGCCUUAGCCGAAUCUCUUGCCAAAAAUAAAAAUGAUAAGAAACUCGUUAGAAAAUGUGCCAACAGAUGCGCAUUUAACUCCAAGGCGCCAAAAUGCUUGCGAACUCAAUAGUUUGCAUCUGGGCUCAUCUAUGAGAGACAAGUACAGAAUUUCCUAGAACCGUCCGCCCCGCCCCCUCACGACCCCCUUUGCCACAUGCUGAACAAUCUCGUUUUUCGCUAUGCCAAAAUAAUAAUUAUUAAAUGUUUUUGUUUUUUGUUUUCUGUUUAAUUUUU